AUGACUAUGUAAUCCAUGCAGGAUGCUUAAAUUGAAUUUUGGUUAAACGGGAGUAUUAAAUUCAUUUUAAUAAACCUUCUUUUCCAACCAAAGACAUUUUUUACAAAAAAGUUUCCUAAAUAAAUGAUUAAUUUUUUCAAAUUAAAAGUAGGUAAAAUGCUUUAUAACAGAAAACAAAGAAAGAACUUUUCCAUUUAGAAGAAUUUUCACCUGAGAAAGAUGAAACAUUCAAAUAUAAAAUAAUAAAUAAUUAAUAACAAUAAAACUUUUCAAUUAUCUAAAAAACUUAUUGACAAUAUAAUAACUACUAAUUAAAUAAGAUUUAAUAAAUCAUCAACAACUUAAUAAUAAAUAAUUACUCUUUAUUUUACUCAAUAACUAAAACAAUAAUUAAAUACUAUUACUACUUACUAAACAACUAAACAAUUACUUCAUUGUAAAUCUAAUUAAAAAUCUAAUAUUUAUUUAUUUGUAUUAAUUCAUAAUAUUUAUUCAUGA